CCGAGCGCGGGGCAGUCACCGGGAGCAGGUCCCAGCUAUGGCUCCGCGCUGCUGGCGCUGGUGGCACUGGUUGGGGUGGCCACGAAUCCGACCACCUUCCGCUAGUAACUCCACGAACUCAGGCUUCUACCGGCAUUUCUCUGCACAGAAGAAUCCCCAGAUCUGUGUGGUGGGCAGUGGCCCAGCUGGCUUCUACACGGCCCAACACCUGCUAAAGCACCACACCCAGGCCCAUGUGGACAUCUAUGAGAAGCAGCUUGUGCCCUUCGGCCUAGUGCGGUUUGGUGUGGCACCUGACCAUCCYGAGGUGAAGAAUGUCAUCAACACCUUUACCCAGACUGCCCGAUCGGACCGCUGUGCCUUCAGGGGAAAUGUGGUGGUGGGCAAAGAUGUGACAGUGCCUGAGUUGCAGGGUGCCUACCAUGCGGUGGUGCUGAGUUAUGGGGCAGAGGACCACCGGAGGCUGGAGAUUCCCGGUGAGGAGCUGCCUGGUGUAUGCUCGGCCAGGGCCUUUGUGGGCUGGUACAAUGGGCUUCCUGAGAACCGGGAGCUGGCACCAGACCUGAGCUGUGACACAGCCGUGAUCCUGGGGCAGGGGAAUGUGGCUCUGGAUGUAGCCCGGAUCCUGCUGACCCCACAUGAGCACCUGGAGAAAACAGACAUCACUGAAGCUGCCCUGGGAGUGCUGAGGCAGAGUCAGGUGAAGACUGUGUGGAUAGUGGGCCGGCGUGGACCCCUGCAAGUGGCCUUUACCAUUAAGGAGCUUCGAGAGAUGAUUCAUUUGCCAGGAACCCGGCCCAUUUUGGAUCCUGCAGAUUUCUUGGGCCUCCAGGACAGAAUCAAGGAGGUUCCCCGUCCAAGGAAGCGGCUGAUGGAACUGCUGCUUCAAACUGCCACAGAGAAGCCCGGGGCGGGGGCUGCCCGCCAGGCAUUGGCCACCCGUGCCUGGGGCCUCCGCUUUUUCCGAAGCCCCCAGCAGGUGCUGCCCUCUCCAGAUGGGCGACGGGCAGCAGGCAUCCGCCUAGCGGUAACCAGACUGGAGGGUGUYGGUGAGGCCACCCAGGCAGUGCCCACAGGAGACACGGAGGACCUCCCUUGCGGGCUGGUACUGAGCAGCGUUGGGUAUAAGAGCCGCCCCAUUGACCCCAGUGUGCCUUUUGACUCCAAACUUGGGAUCAUCCCCAAUGUAGAGGGCCGGGUUGUGGAUGUGCCAGGCCUCUACUGCAGUGGCUGGGUGAAGAGGGGACCCACAGGUGUCAUUACCACUACCAUGACGGACAGCUUCCUCACUAGUCAGAUGCUGCUACAGGACCUGAAGGCCGGGCUGCUGCCCUCAGGCCCCAGGCYGGGCUUCACAGCCAUCCAGGCCCUGCUGAGCAGCCGAGGUGUCCGACCAGUCUCUUUCUCAGAUUGGGAAAAGCUGGAUGCUGAGGAGGUUUCYCGGGGACAGGGUGCUGGGAAGCCCCGGGAGAAGCUGGUGGAUCCUCAUGAGAUGCUGAGGCUGCUGGGGCACUGAGCCUGGAUCCCAGUCCCUAUCAGGAAAAGGAAGAGCACUGUGCAGGGAGGAGGAGCAUGAGUCAGUCUGAGCCAGACUCUUCCCCAGCUACAGCACCACCUGCCCAGGCUGGGGGGCUUGGCUGGCCCUUUUCCAGGGGUCUCUGAGUACUGCCUCCUAUGAAGUUGUCCUUGCCAGUGUGGGUUAGGAGGUAACCUAGUGUUAGGUGGGGUGCAGGCCCAUCCCACCUCCUCCCACCUCUCUGCUGCUGGAUUUUGGGGGGCUACUUGAUCAGGAAUAUGAUGGAAAUA